CCGACACUUGGGUCCCUAGCCCGGCUCCCGGCCUGUGUGUGCGCAGGGCCAGUCCCCGGCUGCAGCCCCGGCAGGGCGGGCUGGAUUUCCACCCCCCAGACCAGCCCUGAGUCCCAGAUGGAGCCAGAGGUAGAGCCGUGCACGCUGGAUCCCCAGUGCUCCAGUGACAGCCGCGUCCCUACAGACACUUCUGCAGCUGGCAACGAGGCGCAGAGCGGGGACAAGGAGGGGAGUCCUGGCCCGGAGGACAGGGCACUGUCAGGCGGGUCUGAGUGGGAGUUGUCCCCCAGCCCCGACCGGGAGUGGCCACCGAUGACGCUCCCCACUGCCAACUCAGGGAAACCCUACAACUGUGCCGACUGCGGCAAAGCCUUCACCUGGCCCUCACACCUGGUGCAGCACCGGCGCAUGCACACGGGUGAGCGCCCUUACCGCUGUGCCGACUGCGGCAAAGGCUUCGCUGACAGCUCGUCCCUAGUUAAGCACGGCCGGACCCACACAGGAGAGCGCCCCUACACCUGCCCCCAGUGUGGCAAAGGCUUUGUGGACAGCUCAUCACUCACCAAGCAUGCCCGUACCCACACAGGCGAACGCCCCUACUGUUGCCCCAGCUGUGGGCGCGGCUUCGCCGACAGCUCCCGGCUGGCCCAGCACCGACGCACCCAUGCUGAGGAGCGACCUUACUGCUGCCCCGACUGUGGGAGGGCAUUCGGCCGUCGGGCACACCUGAUCGAGCACCGGUACACCCACACUGGCGAGAAACCCCACCGCUGCCACCAGUGUGGCAAAGGGUUCAGCCAGAGCUCCAACCUGACGCAGCACCAGAAGACCCACCUGGCGGAGAAGCCUUUCAUCUGCCCACAGUGCGGGAAGGGGUUCUGUCUGCGCUCCCAGUUGGCCAAGCACCAGCGGUUGCACAGCCCUGACAACCCCCAUCGCUGUCCCCAGUGCCACAAGGGCUUUGUGGACCGCUCACCGCUCCUCAAGCACCUGAGGAUCCACACCGGGGAGCGGCCCUUCCGGUGCACUGAGUGUGGGAAGACUUUCAGCAUGAGUUCACACCUCACACAGCAUCAGCGAGUCCACACUGGUGAGAAACCCCACCACUGCCACCAAUGCGGCAAGGCAUUUGCCCAGAGCUCCAACCUGACGCAGCACCUGCGCACCCAUACUGGGGAGCGCCCAUACAAGUGCCCCAAAUGUGGUCGGGCCUUCAGUGAUAGCUCCAGCUUCUUGAGGCACCAGCGGCUGCACAGUGGGGAGCGGCCCUACCGCUGCCACCAGUGUGGCAAGGGCUUCGCUGAUGGCAAGGUGCUGCGCAAGCACCAACUGACCCAUAGCGGUGAGCGGCCCUUUGCCUGUGGGCAGUGUGGCCGUGCCUUUGCCCAGAGCUCCAACCUGGUGCAACACCAGGCCAUCCACACCGGCGAGCGGCCCCACCGCUGCCACCAAUGCGGGAAAGGGUUCUGCUUUCCCUCACAGCUGGCGCAGCACCGGAAGCUCCAUGCCACUAUUAUUGUGGUGGACGAUGGUGAUAACGAACUCCCCUCCCCACCUGCCAACUAAGCCCCUCCAUUCCCUGGCUGCCCUGGGUGGGGAUUGAACCCGGGACUCCUCUGUUGCUUGAGUUACUGGGCCAAGAGGGUGAUACAGACUUGUAAUCCUUUAUCCAGCCACUAGAGAGAGACAGGGAGCAGGUUUAGUGCUAGAGCUGAUCAAGGGACAGAAAGAAAAACAGUUUCACUAAGUCAAUUUGGUUCUGGAACAAGACACUUUUUUUCUUUUAAUCGAAAUUGUUGGUGAUAUUUUUCCCCCCAAAAGUCAUGUGACUAUAGGAAAAUCUCUGCUUUAAAAAGAAGUCAUUUUCUGAUCCUCGUGAUUGGGGAGAAAAGCUGGGAAAAUUACUCCAAAUGGCUCAGAAUCGUGACUAAACAGACCCUUACAUUUAUGAUUUUCAACCUCUCAUGAUGUUUUUAAGCCAUGAUUAUUCUGGGGGCUGGCUCGUGAUUUCUGAGUGCUUAGAGUGGCCAUGCUGCUGGGGUUAAAUUUUGGAGAUAUUUGUGAACCCACUCCAAUCCCAAUGGAGUUGGUGGAAUUUGUUCAUGUGUCUCACAGUUGUGAAGGGUUUAGGAAUCCACCAGAGGCUGAAUUUAUAGCCAGGAUUUUAAGGCUCAGGUGUAAUUCACUGGCUUAAUGCCUGUGGCCAUGUCUCCCUCUAGUGCACAGCCCUGGCUACUACAACACCCACUGCUCACUCACAGCUGGGGGAGUUACCGCUUUAGCUCAGGGUAGCAUGGCAUCAUGCAUUGGGGUUGGGAUUGAGGCUAACGGAUGAGAGCUGGUCAGGAAAUGAUUUGUUUGUCCCCAUGAAAUUUUUUAAUGAAAACAUGGUUGGGAAAAAUGUUUCCUUGAAAAUUUUCAUCUAAACUUUUGUGGAAAAUGUUCAGGGUUUUUGUCAACAAACCUAAAGCUGAGAAAAUUUGGGGUUCCCAAAACCCAAACAGUUUCCAGGUAUUUUGCAAUGAACCCCACCAACUUUUCCAUGCAAUGGAAAUUUCUAGGGGAAAAAAAAAGUUUUGUCAACCACAACAACAACAAAAGACCAGGGGGACAGGACGACGACAUUUUCCACCUAAAAGCCUUUGGAUGGCCAGCAUUUGAUCAGCUUUGGAAGAGAGUCAUGUGCCCAAAUUCCUUCAGAUCCUGUAAUAAUCACCUUUGGGGGCUGAGACCCCAUGGGUUGGAUAUACAAGAAUAAACAACACAUCACAAUGGAAUUGGCUCCUUGCUUUUCAAGCCUUUUUGGAAGUGUCACACUAUUGCUCCUAUUUGAUUGAAACCUCCCUGGUUUUAUAUAUGUAAUAUGAAAAUUAACAUUUUCCUCCAUUCUUUUCCCAAAACUUUUGUGUUUAUUUUUUUUAGAAAACCAACACUUAAAAAUAGUACUUAGGGAAGAUUAUAAAUAACAACCUACACUUUUUGUUUUAUUUGUUAAAACACAAAACAAAAAAUAAAAACCAAGGAAAGGUUUUUUUUCACCAGGCAAAAAACGUUGUUAACUACAGGAUUCUAACAACAGUAUCACAAAGUAAGGGAUAGCCAUUAAUAACCUUAACUCUGCCCUUCAGGAAGUGUUUUGUUAAAGACUGGGCUACUGUUGUUAGGACUCUACCACUUGGAUUUGGAUGUUAGGAGUUAGACUUCCCAGCUGGGAUUUUUCAAAGGAGUUGAAGAGAAUUUGGUUUCUAAAUUCAAUGGGAUUAAAUUAAUUAGAGUGAAUUGACAUUUUGUAAGCAAAACAUAUUCCUGGCAAAAAAUGAAGUUUAGUGAAAAAUGGAGUUUUUCCUCAUGAAAAUGUUAUUUUCAACAAAAAAUUUUAACUGGUGAUUACAAAAUGCACAUUUCUGUUUAAUUUCAAAUUGGAUUUUUUUGCUUUGCUCUCCUCUCAUCAAACACACUUGUUGUCUCACUUCUACUUUCACCCAUCAUUUGCAGUGAGGAAAAAAAAGAGGGGAGAAAAUAACCCAAAAUCCCAAAAUUGAAAACUUUUUUUUUAAAUCCAGACCGAAAUUGUGAUUUGAAAAUAAAAUGUUUCUCUUUCUUUCUUUCUCAAAAAUAUGUUAACCAGUUCUAGAUCAGAUUUCCUGGGGGGCUUUCAAGAUCUUUUGUAUGCUGGAAAUCUGCCCCGAUUCAAGACAUCAGCUGCACCAAUAGAAGUAAUGAUUUCCAUAGUCUUCCCUAGGGGUUUACAUUGGGACAGGUACAUGACGAGCAGCUGGAAUCAGCAGAGAUCCCAAUUUAGACAAUGUUUGGGUUAAACUCUUCUUUCCUGAAUCUUCCGUAUUUAUUAGGCGCCACUUUAGAGACACCUAUGAACCUCUUCUCAGAUGCAUCCAGCACCUGGCUGCUUCUUGUGAAGUGUUGCUAGAAGCCGUAAUUGCUAUGAUCCUUUCACCUCUGUGGCCUAAAAGGUGACCCAGUUUGGGACAUCUUUAAAAGGGCCUGAUUCUGAAUAAAGUGUUGAGCACUUUUCCUCCCAAAAUCAGGCCCCCUUUAAGGUUUUGAGCUGGGGCGCACACAGCCUUAAAAUCUCUAGUCACUUCUGAAAAUCUUGGCAGAAGGGAUUAAGUCCAAACUCCCAAAUAUCAUAGAAUACCAGGGUUGGAAGGGACCUCAGGA